AAAACUUUGGUUGAUCAUUUUAAUAAAGGAAACGAUUUUAACAUAAACAUGGAUGUACAAAACCUUUUGAUCAAAUUCGUUUUUGUCUGGAUUGCUUUUUCAUGUUGUUAUCUAUCGGCUGCGUACAAAUACGCUUACAUGAACAGCGUGUGUGGUCAAACGAUAUACGCAAGCGAAGAAACACAAGUUGAACUUCACUUCUCGUACAGCCUUGAUACAUGUGAAGUGACCAUAGCCAAAUCCGCCCAGUAUCCGAACAUGAUGCUUUUCUUCGAGAGUUUCAAUAUCGACUGUUCAUAUGGAAACGUCCAACUUACGGACGAUUAUAAUUACACUAUGGGAGGUUUGGAUAGAAAGUUAUGCGGAUUUAUUGGACCCUUAUUCGAGGUGAAGACAUUGGAGGGAAACCUGCAUGUAAAGUAUAUUCGUACCAAGGAAAAAACCUGGGGAUGGGAAUCCUUCUACUUAAACAGCAAUGAUAAAUUUACCCUUACAGUGACAAUGUAUGCGGAUGAAGAAUCGUGUCCAAGUGACGGUCACGUGUGUGGUAAUGGAAGAUGCGUUAGCGAGAACUUGCGGUGCAACAGCAAAAACUCCUGUGGUGAUUACUCGGGUUGCUGGACCAGAUCAAACACUCUUGUUAUCAUGUGGAGUGUCAUGGGAAGUGUGUUCGGUUUUGUCCUCAUUGUGUCUGUCAUAGUGAUUAGUAUUUGCUGCAGAAGGAGAAGUCGAGGAUUUCUUGGACAGACCAACGCUCCGGCACCCACGCAACCAAUGUUCACCACCGCAAGCGCCAUGCCAUAAGGACAACAGACGGGCUUUACCCAGCCAGUAUACAACGCUCAAAUACAGGGAUGUCUGACCCAGCCAACACCUGCCUUCAAUGCAACUAAUCAGUUUUAAAUAUACUUAAAAAUACAAUGAUGUUUUCUAUCUGAUCGUAAACGAAUUGGAACAUUAUUUUCUGCUCCUAAAAGAAAAUGCUUGUGAAUCGGACAAUUCAUCCUUACGCAACAAACAAUGUAUAUGUAUAUCAUAAUCUGUAAGAAUUAACCUCUGUUCCACAAUUUUGUUUGCGUUUGAAGGGUUCUCCUCGUACACAAGCAGAUAAAUAAAGAUAAAAAAGAACAACCACGAAAUACAUUUUCAGAUUUGUUUGCAUGUAAAAAUGUUGCACCGGUCUCAAACUUACAAGCCUUUAAUAAUCAAAAAAAAGAAUAUUGACACUGUACCAAUUGAGCUAUUGUAUCAGUCAUCAAUAAGCUUUCAACGAGUAAAUAAUAUAUGAUCGUUCAUGAUUUUAUUAAGCAUUUGUUUUAUGACCGACGAAACAAUACAUUUAAAAAAUCAGCUGUGAAACUAUGCUUCUAAAGGUAUUUCCAUCGACCCAUUGCUUAAAAACAGUUACAGUCAAACUCAUAUGCAAUGAUGAUAUUCUUCAGUUAAAUAUUCAACAUUGCUGUUAACAAAAACCUUAACGUUAAUUGUAGUUAACUAUUUACACAGCAUGCCCUGUUUUCAGUAUUAAUAAAUCAGACUUGAAAGCUGUCAGUCAAGUUAUCCUCUCAAACGGGAGGUGAAAAGGGACGAGUAGAAGCCUUCAUAAUAUGUCCAUACCAAACAUGCUGCGAAGGAUUAAUGGGAAAAACCCUUGCAAAAUACAAUGUCUCAAAAAUAAAUCAAGAUAUAAAUUCAAACACUUCUUGUUUGGGCUUCGCCCGCUUACUUUAAAUUGUGGAUACCCUUAAAGUGGAUAUAGGAUACGCUCGUUAUUGUUUGUCCUAGCUAUGAAAUGAAUAGUAAAUCUCACCAUUUGUUAAACUGUCAUGAUUAUGUAUAUCAGGUAAUCGAUUUUUAAUUUUAUAGUGUUUGCUCAAAUACACCACAAAAGUUAAACCCUAUAUAACUUGGCCGAGCAUUUCAAAUUCAAGCUUGGGGCGAUCUCUUAUGGUUACAAACAGUAAUUGAUUACCGUCUUAAAUUAGUAUGCACAUAUAGUUGGGAUCUCUAAUCAUUGAAGUACUUGAGGUUUACCUAUAAGUUUAUUAUAAUUUGUCUUAUUAUUAAGUUUCGUCAAGUUAAUUCAUACUUUGAUAAGAUUUACCUUGUACGUGUUUUCUUUAUUUAGGAUUGUUGGGAUAAGAGUGAGGUUUCUGCACGUAAACUGGUUUAACCCCCAGUAAAUCUACAUUUUACUAACCGUUCCAAGGUGGUACCUAACAAUCCUUGAUAAACAUACCUAUUUGUUUUAUAUAUAAAAUAUGUAUGCACUGUGUUGUUUGUGGAGUUUUGUGCUGUUCUUCCAUGUUUCUUAUUCGUGAUUUUUUUGUUUUUGUGUUCUAUGGUUUUGGCAGUGCCAUUAAACCGGGUUUAUGUUUAAACUUUUUGCUACUGAGCUUGAUUCUGUAAUUUUUCACAUAGUAUUCAAAACACUACGUGUUAAAGGGACUCACAUAGAUUUAAGCAACAUAAAACACGUAUAAUUAGACAGUUUUAAUUCAGAGUAUUGGUGUGAUUGGCCAGACCAUACAAAUCUUUCAGCAAAUAUCGUCAGAACCCCCAUUUUUAGCGUGUACUCCUGCAGUUUGGUCAUUUAGCAGCACAUAUAGUGUAAUAUUGUUAAUUGAGCAGCCGGAGCAUUCUCGUGUGAUCUGAAUCGCGUAAGUUACACAGUUCCACAUUAUAUUUACAAGGAUUAUUAUUAAUUUGAUUAAAAGUAGAUGUACGAUUUAUUUCGAUUUUUUGCUUAUCUUAUCAAUGUUAACAAAUUUUGUACGUGACCGAUAUCACACCAAAGGGUUUUUGUAUUAUA